AAUUAUUAUAAUAAUUUAGCAUGUGGUGAUACCACGUCCAAACUGACAUAUCUUUGCACUAUAUAUAUGUUGUUAUUCCUCUUUCGAUUCCCUCAUAAACCAUAUUAAGAACUAGCUUAUAGAUAAGGAUAUGGCCUUUACGAACGUUUGCCUAUGGACGCUACUCGCCUUCAUGCUGACUUGGACAGUGUUCUACGUCACAAACAGGGGGAAGAAGGCGACGCAGUUGGCGGAUGCGGUGGUUGAAGAGCGAGAAGACGGUGCUACUGACGUUAUCAUCGUUGGGGCUGGAGUAGGCGGCUCGGCUCUCGCAUAUGCUCUUGCUAAGGACGGGCGUCGAGUCCAUGUAAUAGAGAGGGACCUGAGAGAACCAGAGAGAAUCAUGGGUGAGUUUAUGCAACCAGGAGGACGACUCAUGCUCUCUAAGCUUGGUCUUGAAGAUUGUUUGGAGGGAAUAGAUGCCCAAAAAGCCACGGGCAUGACAGUUUAUAAGGACGGAAAAGAAGCAGUCGCAUCUUUUCCCGUGGACAACAACAAUUUUCCUUUUGAUCCUUCGGCUCGAUCUUUUCACAAUGGCCGAUUCGUCCAACGAUUGCGGCAAAAGGCUUCUUCUCUUCCCAAUGUGCGCCUGGAAGAAGGAACGGUGAAGUCUUUGAUAGAAGAAAAAGGAGUGAUCAAAGGAGUGACAUACAAAAAUAGCGCAGGCGAAGAAACAACAGCCUUGGCACCUCUCACUGUAGUAUGCGACGGUUGCUACUCAAACCUUCGCCGGUCUCUUAAUGACAACAAUGCGGAGGUUCUGUCAUACCAAGUUGGUUUUAUCUCAAAGAACUGUCAGCUUGAAGAACCCGAAAAGUUAAAGUUGAUAAUGUCUAAACCCUCCUUCACCAUGUUGUAUCAAAUCAGCAGCACCGACGUUCGUUGUGUUUUUGAAGUUCUCCCCAACAACAUUCCUUCUAUUUCAAAUGGUGAAAUGGCUACUUUCGUGAAGAACACUAUUGCUCCUCAGGUACCUUUAAAACUCCGCAAAAUAUUUUUGAAAGGGAUUGAUGAAGGAGAACAUAUAAAAGCCAUGCCAACAAAGAAGAUGACAGCUACUUUGAGCGAGAAGAAAGGAGUGAUUUUAUUGGGAGAUGCAUUCAACAUGCGUCAUCCAGCAAUCGCAUCUGGAAUGAUGGUUUUAUUAUCUGACAUUCUCAUUCUACGCCGUCUUCUCCAGCCAUUAAGCAACCUUGGCAAUGCGCAAAAAAUCUCACAAGUUAUCAAGUCCUUUUAUGAUAUCCGCAAGCCAAUGUCAGCGACAGUUAACACGUUAGGAAAUGCAUUCUCUCAAGUGCUAGUUGCAUCGACGGACGAAGCAAAAGAGGCAAUGAGACAAGGUUGCUAUGAUUACCUCUCUAGUGGUGGGUUUCGCACGUCAGGGAUGAUGGCUUUGCUAGGCGGCAUGAACCCUCGUCCGAUCUCUCUCAUCUAUCAUCUAUGUGCUAUCACUCUAUCCUCCAUUGGCCAUCUACUCUCUCCAUUUCCCUCUCCCCUUCGCAUUUGGCAUAGCCUUCGACUUUUUGGUUUGGCUAUGAAAAUGUUGGUUCCCCAUCUCAAGGCUGAAGGAGUUAGCCAAAUGUUGUUUCCAGUCAACGCCGCCGCGUAUAGCAAAAGCUAUAUGGCUGCAACGGCUCUCUAAAACACUGGUGCUUUAAACUGCAAAAUAUAACACAUAUAUAAAUCACGAAUCUUUGUGAUUCUGCAUAUAUUGUGUUCUACAAUUAUUCUCAUAUAAAUGAAAAUUGUUCUACGUAAAAGUAAAAAGAAGGAAUUGUAAUACUAAUAAAACGAGUUUUUAAUUCUGUUGAAUGCUUGUGUAUAUUGGUGACCUCUGGUUUUCUUGCACAGUAUAUCUUUAUUCUUAUGUAUACUAAAAUCGAAGUUAUAAGAAUGAAUUUACGAAAGAAAAAAACAGUCUAAUGAUAUUUUAAAC